GGAUUAGUAGGACAUAAUGGAAGAGUCAGUAUUUUAUAUCUCCGAGGGAGAUCCCAAUGAUAAACAUUCGCAAGAAUCGUUUGCCUUAUCCACAUCUAUUCACAACAAUCAACAAUUUGCGGCUUUCAGACAAGCUGAUUGUCCACAAAGAGGUGCUGCCUUAACUGGGUUAGGACCUGGUGAAAGACUUUUCGUUGCAUCCCAAAACAAGGCCUUGCUUCAGGUAUACCUGUGGGGUAAGGAAAGUCCAGAUCAACGUAUCCCAGUCCCUGAACAACUCUCUUGCCUCACCUUGUGCAACCAUCCACAUUCCAAAAUUGAUAGUAAUAAUAACUCUGUUGGUAAACUUCCAGCAUUCAGAAUUCCUUGGUUAUUAGCCGCUGGGUCCAAGUCUGGUAAAUUGUACAUAUGGGAAUUGUCUUCGGGUAACUUAUUAUGUGUCAAGGAUGCUCAUUAUCAAGCUCUUUCAGUAGUAAAGUUUUCUAAAUGUGGAACCUUUUUAGUCACUGGGGGUUUAGAUUCUCGUGUAUCUGUAUGGAGAACCCUGGAUUUGAUUUCCAUCUAUAACAAGUCUGAUGAGGCCAAUAGAUUGGCUUCCAUUAAACCAUUUGCAACUUUUACAGACCAUUCAUUAGCAGUAACAGAUUUGGUAUUAUCUGAAACUGGUAUUCUUAAUGAUUUAAGACUUUAUACUGUAUCUAAAGAUGCCACCUUGAGAAUUUAUGAUGUUUGUACCAAGGCUCUUCUUACUACGUUUGUUUUCAACCAUUCUAUUGAAUGUGUCACCAAAGAUCCAGCUAAUAGAGCAUGUUAUGUUGGACUCUCCAAUGGAUUAAUUAGAUCUAUCCCAUUGUAUCAAGUCAACCCAACUACUUCAAUUCUUGAAAGUGUUGGAGGAUGUGAAAAGAUCAUUACUUUAGAUCAUGAUCCUAAUUUAUUGAAUACUUUUGUUCAUCAUCAACAAAAUCAAACUUCAUCUUUACAAUCUACUUUAAAUAAGAAACCAAACCAAACUCUGUCACAACAAAAUGAUAAACCUAUUUCAGUGACCAAUAUUGAUAUUUCUAUGGAUGGUACAAGCAUUAUAUCAGGAGACUCCGCUGGAAGAGUGUUUGUUUCUGAUAUUGUUACUAGACAAGUUGUACAAACAUUUAAAGAAUGUAAUUCUCCAAUUGCUUAUAUCCAAGUAAAUUACUGUCCAGUUGAAACAGUUGAUUCUAAUUCUACAUUAGUAGGAAAGGGAGACAAGAACCAUCGUUUAAUCCCUCCUUUAAAGCGUGUUCUUGCCAGUGCUGAUCCUAUUGAACAUAAUUUAUAUAUGGAAAUUUCCACCGGAUCUGAACCUGAAUUUAAUUUUGAUCAAUGGUUGAAUGCCAAAUCACAACAAGAAUUAGAAUUUAAGAAUGUUACUCAUAUUAAUUCUACUGUGAAGGUUGUGGAUAGUGUUGGAUCCAAUGAUAAAGUUGCUGAAUUAGAAGCCAAACUUGCCAAGGUAUCCAAGGCUUACACCGAUUUAAGAGGUAAACAUGAAGAGUUAUAUGAAGAACAUAAAAAAUUACUUGAAUAGUUAGAUAGAGUAGUACUACAUUAAAGAGUUACUUAAAUAGGGC